CCCUCCCCCAAGAGUCUCCUCCCCUUGCCGUCUCUUUCCCUGGGAGUGCCUGUGUGCCUUUGUCUAGGUGUCUCUCAGAUCUUUCAGACAGCUGCACAGUGAGGACCCAGGAGACAAGAGACAGUCCACAGAGAGACUGCCCCAGAUCACAGUCUGAAGAUGUCGGAGCUGCAGGAAGUUCAAAUCACAGAGGACAACCCACUUUUACAGGACCCUUUAAAGGCAGCUGAACUUGCUGCAAAAUUACUGCAAGUACAAGUGCAGACGCACUCUAUCGAGACUCCAUAUGGAGUGGUGACAGUCACGAUUCAGGGCACCCCCAAACCCAAGAGGCCUGCAAUUGUAACAUUCCAUGAUGUGGGAAUGGACCAUAAAACGUGCUUUGACACACUCUUUAAGUACGAGGACAUGUGUGAAAUUGUGAAGAAUUUUGUUGUGUGUCACAUCGAUGCUCCUGGACAGGAGGAAGGGUCCUCUGUCUAUCCCCUGGGAUAUCAGUACCCCUCACUUGAUCAGUUGGCUGAGACCAUCCCAUCUGUUCUGCAGUACCUGAAUUUUCCCAGUAUAAUAGGGAUUGGAGUUGGUGCCGGAGCUUAUAUCCUCGCCAGAUACACACUCUCUCAUCCUAACACUGUGGAAGGUCUAGUUCUCAUUAAUAUUGACCCCAAUGCCAAAGGCUGGAUGGAUUGGGCAGCACAUAAGCUAACAGGUCUCACAUCCUCCAUCCCUGAAAUGAUUCUCAGUCAUCUCUUCAGUGCAGAAGAGAUUUCUGGGAACUCAGACACUGUGCGUCAGUACAAAACAGCCAUCUUUAACUCCCCCCUUCUCAGCAACAUCCAACUGUACUGGAACAGCUACAACAGUCGUCGAGACCUGAACUUAGAACGUGGAGGGGACGUCACUCUUAAAUGUCCUGUAAUGCUCGUCGUAGGUGAUCAGGCUCCUCAUGAGGAUGCAGUGGUGGAGUGUAACUCAAAACUGGAUCCAACACAGACAUCAUUCCUGAAGAUGGCGGAUUCUGGUGGACAGCCACAAAUAACACAGCCAGGAAAACUGACAGAAGCCUUUAAAUACUUUGUCCAAGGAAUGGGAUACAUCCCCCACAUCCUGGAUAAGAAGCUCAGUAUGGGUGGCUUCCUCAUGCAUGACUCGUCUCUCUCGCUCUCGCACCGCCUCUCUCUCCAGCGAGGGGAAUCGCUCACGCUCUCGUACCCUGUCCCAGAGCAGCGAGUCGGGGGGAGGGCCUCCAGGCCCCUUCACGGAGGUGACCUGCUGAAGGGCCGUGAUUCUGGCGACCAGUGAUCGCCAUCUCUCCCUCAACGCAUCUGAGGGAAAGGAGCAUUUAUCUGUCCCUAGGGGGUGGAGCUAAUGAUGCUGAUUAGAAAACUAAAAACCAAACCCAAAAGUCACAUGGGAGAUAACCAGAUUUUAGUAUCUGUCUAUCAUCUUAUUUUGCCUUUUUUUCCCUUACCAUCCUUCCUCUUUAUUCUUUUACACUUGAUUUCCUGUGUAUUUCUUACUUGUAUCAGUCCAACUAUAGGGAGUCUGGCAAUAUAUUCUGUUCCAUUUAUGAGGCUGUGGAGACAAUAUGUCCAAUCAUUACUUACUACUUUUGCAAUGGAAGAAAUAGUUUGCCAGUGGGCAAUUCCAUUCUAUUCACUUUAAACCCUCUUUUUUUCCUAUAUACCCUUUCUUCAUCACAACUCCCACAUGUGACACCAUUGUCAUAUAAUAAUAAUAAGUCAUUCUUAUUAUCUUAGCUGGCUUAUCCAUCCCCUUUACCUUGCACAUAAAUAUAAAGCAUCAUGUGGAAUUGCAUCACCUGUGUGGCCAAGACAUACUUAUGGGGGGGGUUUGAGAAAGUUAUUGAUGGUCCAACCACUGGAAUACUCAUUUAGUGCAUAGUACGUUGGGGUCACUAAACAAAGCAGCAUUGUGCGGAUGUCAGAUCUGAUGGUCACUACUGUUGUGUCUAGAAGAUACCUUGCACCUGCUAUCUAUAAAUGUCCUUGUUAGCUUCCAGUAGUAUAUUUAACAGACCAUUUAACACACAGUAAUACUCCCUGCUGUACUCACUCAGGGUAACUUACUUGGUUUUCAUUUGUGAAAAUAUGUAAAUAAAGCCCAAGGUAGAAAAAGGGUCUUCGGGUGGGAAAAUGGUAAUAAAGAAAAUGGUUUGGGGUUUAUUGGAGACGUGUAUAGUGAGAUACAGUAAAUACCCCUGUCACAGUGUAUCUGGAAAAGCUUCUCUAUUUAUGCAUUUUGUUUAUUUACCUGUGAUACAUACUCUUUCAUUUCUGUAUUAAAUACUUUGGGGGGAGUUUAAAUUCGGUUUAAAUCAUAGGUUGUCAACCCCUGCCACAAAAAAAUGGUUGGAGGAAAGUGCAAUGUAUAGCAUACCUACUAUAACAGAUAAAGUUUAAUGCUAGACCCAUGAAACGCUCAUGCAUUUUCUGUAGGUAGUCUGUGUUAAUGUGAACAACUGGUCAUUUUAAAUGCAUAAAAGAUUCUGUGCUAAGCUAAAACGUACGAUAAGCAAUUGUGCUCGACUCAUCUCAUUUCAAAUGAAAUCAUUCCAGGGUGCUAGAAUGCUAAAGGGAAUCUACUGUAAACUUUAUGGAUAGUCUUAGUACAGGCAGCUUUCAGUUACAUUAAUUGUCAUUGAUGUGCCUGAUUGCAUAAAAUAACCUUUAGUAGCUUUACAUCACCUCACUUGCAAAAGUAGAUGCUGAUAAACCCUACGUAAAUGUACUAUCGUGGGUCAAAAUUAAGCCGGUGCACUAUGUUCAGAAAGGAGUAUGACAAAUCUAAAUGUUUUCAAUAGAAUGUUUAAAAAAAAGGUGAUUUUAUAGAGACAAAAUGAGUAUUGUAUGGCUUCCAUGUCAAGUUCAACACAAAUUAAACCUUGUAUGUUUCAUGCAGUGGCAUUAAUACAGCAAUACGUUUAGAGAUAUAAAAUGUUUUUGUGAUAGAUUUAAGUACAUCUAACCCCCAUAAAAAAGCUAAUUUUGGAGUGUCUUUUUUGUCUGGCUGAAGAUACCCUCUUUAGUGUGCAUCACAGAAUUGUAUAAUAAAGAUCAUUACAAUAGCCAGGGGGCUGUGUAAACUCUUUUGUGGAAAGUAUAUUGGGCCUGCACUGCUACACAUCAACUCUCAGCAAAAACCCAAAACAUUAAUGCUGUAUAAUAUAGCAAACCAUUAUAUAUCUGUGCAGAUGCAGCAAUGUUCAUAUUGGUUCAUUUCAACACCACCGGAUCACUAUGUGUCACCCUGUAGAGCUCUCCCUUGAGUUUCUUAUAUUGCUUCCUAGAUUUACACCGUAGAUUUCGGUGAUUAUCCAUUUCGAAGGGUAUCCUUCACCCGAGUGGAUGCAGAAUUUGCAUGUUUUGGACAGGGGGAAGGCUUAUUGUGAUAACAGAUGGCAGCUCCAUGAUUCAGUAUGAAAAUUAGGAGAGUAGACGUGAGCUACCUGUUUAAGACUUAUUUUGUUCAUCAUUUUUUCUUUGUUAGUUUUAUUUUUUCCUGACACUAAAAAAAUAAAACUGAUUAAACAGA